GGCCGCUGGAGUGUGCUCGACAAUUUGUGCGGUUCUGUCGACAUUGCUCAUGGUUUUCCAAUACCCCGGUGGAGUUGAAGCACAUGGAAGUAUGGUCGAACCUCCUCAGAGAUCUGUGAUGUGGGCGUAUGGGUUUAACACCCCUAAAAACUACAACUAUAACGGCUUAAACUGUGGCGGGUUUACGACCCAGUGGUUUUAUAAUGGCGGCAAAUGUGGAUUAUGUGGGGAUAGCUACCGUGGUGAACUGGUGAACGAAGAUGGCGGCCUCUUUGCUACAGGAACCAUCGCGAAGUCAUAUCUCCAACACUCUACGAUUGAGGUCAAAGUUCAUCUUUCGGCAAAUCAUGGUGGAUGGUUUGAGUUUAGGUUGUGCGCGCGCAACAGUAGAUACGACCAUCUCACUAAAGAAUGCCUUGAUCGUCAUCUUCUUCUUUCACCGGACGGUGAAACAAGAUAUUACCCAGGAUUCUCAUUGAGCAAUCAUGUGAUUUUGCUUCAACUUCCGGUUGGAGUGUCGUGUGACCAUUGUGUGUUACAAUGGAAAUACAACUCUGGAAAUAGUUGGGGUUGUGAUCAGUCUUUCCGGUGUUGCAUUGGAUGCGGUGCCCAGGAACAGUUCUAUAACUGUGCAGACGUAGAAAUACUCCCUACUUCCAUUACAACGACAAAGCCGUAUGCUUCGACUGAAGAAGACAAAAUGACAACACCGAUAGUGAGUUCAAAUGAACGAGCAAAACCAGAAUAUAUGUCUGACGUGACAAAAUUUUCGAAAAUAAAAUACGAACUUAUCACAAAACCGGAUGUUAAGUUUGUAGACACGACAACUCUUGGCUGGAUCAGACCAAAACAUACGACAUUGAAAAAAAUAGUUUAUACUGACAAAAACGAAGAAUUGCUGACGAAAAUGGGAAUAGUUGAAAUCACUGAUAUGGCAAACAAUGCCAUACAAAUCAGGCCAACGGACUACACUGACCGAAAUACUUUUCGUACAAGGAAGACGACAGUAAAAUCUCCCUACAAACAAAGGAUGGCUCGGUGUUUGGGGAGGGGUGUGUGGAAGGCUGUAGAAGGGAUGGACAAGUGGUGUGAACAAAACUGUACCCUUGGGACCUCUUCUCCGUCCAGCGGUUGUAGUUCCCACUGUGUGUGCAAAUAGAAUUUGGUUCCUGGAGAGUAACUAACGAAACACCCUAUACAGUGCCAUAUUCGAAUGCUUUAUUACCGAAAUAUGCCUGAAGAAUUCAUACUAUUUAUCUUUGUAGCUAUCAAUAAAAAGACUUUAAGUAAAGUUUUUUUUUAUCCGCAAUACAUUACUCUGCAUUGCUUGUCCAUCAAGUUCACUUGCAGAUAAACUGAUGGUACGUUAAAGUCAAGGAUCCUUCAGACACUUCUGCAUCAGCCUCUUACCAUGAUUUUUAUACAUGUCACACUUGAUUCGAUAUUCAAGGAGUUGCUCCGAAUAAAGUGAUUUCUGUGAUAGAUUACGACUGCUGACGGAUAAACUUACAAUGCUGAAAUUACUAGAAUUACGAAUCAAGGAAGCACCUUAGUCAAAAUUUUAUCGCUGAGAAACCCAAACAAUGUAUAAAUCAUACUGUAUGGGAUGACUAUUUCGUCCAUUCAGGACGGACCAGUGGUACUAAAGAAUAAAAACGUAUGUUUUAAGUGUUCCAAAACAUAUGUAGAAAUACAGCGAAAGCGUAAGAUACCUAAAUAAUUCUCUGAAGUGAGUUUAAUGGUCGUUAGCAUGAUCUCUUUUGACUGAUACAGUAAGUGUCGUCGGUGAAACCACAGAUGCUCCCUUUUAGGAAAACCUGAUCACUUAUUCCGAUUGAUAUACGUUCGCCUUAGCUUCAUCGAUGUUCAGUUCGCAUUACAGUUUCGUACACAUUUCGAUAUUCUCUCUCGAUCAACAUCAUGGAACACUAAAGUAGAAAAGUGUCAACCUAUCUUUGGCCAAAAUAACAGCGAAAAAUGUUCGGAAGUAUAUUACUGCUGUAUUUAGAACCAUGCCAUCUGUAAUUGGUGUUGUAAAAAGACGGGAGACUUCAUGUGAAAGAACUGUACUUUCAUUAAAAAGAAAUAAAGUGUAAAGUGCAAUUAAUAUUUGUAAGAGAGGAAAACAAUUAAUAAAAUA